CGGUGACUGCAACACCUGAACACCCCCACUCACACGCACACACACAGCUGUAGGCGGGGAGCAGGAGGAAGAGGAGGAGGACCAGAGGCUCUCCUGAACAUUGAAGGAGGAGACGGAGGAGACGGAGGAGAGAAGAGCAGCGGGCACGCGGAGUCCGUCACAGGGAGAAAUCACAUCGCGCCGCAGCUCCGAGAUGACAAAGGCCCAGUGACGCGCUGAAGGCGAGAUGUCGCAGAGGAAGAUAUUCCUGGUCUUCGUGGCCAUCAGUACUGUCAGUCUCCUGCUGCACCAUGGGGGCCACUUCAGCUGGACCAUGGAGGCCUUCCACCUCGGUUGUCCUGCCAUCCAGUCCCACCCUGCCGCAGGCCUGAAACCCAAACACACCAAUGUGGCCUUCCUCAAGACCCACAAAACGGCCAGCACCACCAUGCAGAACCUGCUGUUCCGCUUUGCCGAGCGCAACAACCUGACGGCGGCGUUGCCCGUGCAGGCCUGCAGCCACCAGUUCUGCUACCCACGCUCCUUCACCUCUCACUUUGUGCAUCCGCACACGCUGCCUCCAAAUAUCAUCACCAGCCACAUGCGCUUCAACAAGGCAGAGCUGCAACGCCUGAUGCCCAACGACACCAUAUAUGUCACAAUACUGAGGGAGCCCGGCCACAUGUUCGAGUCCCUGUUCAGUUACUACAACCAGCACUGUCAGAGCUUCAAGAGGGUCCCCAACGGCUCCCUGGAGGCGUUCUUAGAGGAGCCCUGGCGUUACUACCGCGCUGAUGAAAAAGACUCCAUGUACGCACGCAACUCCUUGACCUUCGACUUGGGCGGAGACAAGGACCGGCCGACAACAGAUGUGGCAUAUGCGCGGUCCUUUGUGGCAGAGGUGGACAGAGUUUUCUCCCUGGUGUUGAUCGCUGAGUACUUUGAUGAAUCGCUGGUUCUCCUUCGUCAUCUCCUCUCCUGGGAUCUCGACGACAUCCUCUAUGUCAAGCUCAACAUGAGGACGCCGAGCUCAAAGCGGAGCCUGACACCGGGACUUCCUGCAAAGAUCCGUGCCUGGAAUUCCUUAGAUGCACGUCUCUAUGACCACUUUAACGCCUCCCUGUGGCGCCAGCUGUCAGCCCUAGGCCCAGCCUGCGUGGCUAGGGAGGUGCGACUCCUCCGGCGAGCCCAGGAGAGGCUGAUGAGAAGCUGCUUUGGUGACCGGAUGCCACUUCGGUCGGCAGCACAGAUCAAAAACAAGGAACUUCGACCGUGGCAGCCUAGUGGAAAGGUCGACAUUGUGGGCUACGACCUACCGAUGAAUCUCAGCAGUGGGUUCUCGAGUCAGGCCCAGGAGCUCUGCCUCAAGCUCAUCUUGCCAGAGAUCCAGUACACACGGGUUCUCCUACGCUCCCAGUCGCUGCGCUACCGCCGAGUCUACCAGCUCCGGCCUCAGCAGCAGUCACACACCCUCCAGCAGCCCAUACGCACGGCCCUGCCUCGGCAUCGCAGUCCACAGCCGGCUGCAGCUCCAGGUCCUCUAGGGACUCGGCCCAUGGCCACCUCGAAGCCUGCUGCAGGAUCUCAAAGUCAGACCACUAAGUUAGGGUCUAAAUCCUCAUAGAUCCAGACCUCAUAGUUGGGAAAACAGAGACUUGAAUAUAAUGAUGGGAGCCCAACACACUGCAUUGUUCUGCCCUGAUCCACGAGACCGUGAUUGGCUGUUGGGUGGAUGUUGGUGGGGGGGUUUGGAAACACGGGCAUGCUUGGGAAAAGUCUGGGUUGCUCUUGAAUCUGUGUCUCUCCUGUUCCUUCAACGCAGCAUUUGGGAUAAAACAAUAAAAGAGGAAACAGGAGGGAAAGGGGAACGAGACCCAUCUGGACCUGAACUUGAAUCCUUCCCCUCUCUGGUCUGUGAAAGCAAAUCAGCGCUGGCAGACAAAGGGCGGGAGAAACCCACACUGGACCGGGCUCAGCUGCACACCUCUGCAGGCCGAGCGAUGGGAGAGGGGUUCGGGGGGUUCGGGGGGAAAGUGGCUCUUUUGAAGCAGAUCUGUUCUGUGCAGCCAGGACUCAGAAAGAAGUGGUGAUAUCAGGCCUAUUGUGAGGCACAGAGUGGGCUUUGUGUGUAUCACACUGGUACAGUAUCACGUUACUUACUUUCAUUCAAACUCUUUCAGUCUCUCUCUCUCCCCCCCCCCACAUAUGCCACUUGAAGUCCUUGAGAGAGACAUAAUGACAUAAAGGGAUCAGCUGUCAGGUCUCCAGAGAGAAUCCUAAGAGACAGACACUGAGACAACCUCCAACCAUUAGCACAAGAAACAAGUCUUCUCUUCUUCUCCAGACCCCAAAGCAGUGGAGGGAUGGGAGGUUAGAAAACCAGUUUAGAAAACGGUAAGCCUAAAAGUGUGUGCUAGUCAGUUGGGCCACCAUCAACACACGAGUCUGUCUUCUGGUUUCCUCCCAGCAGCCUUCCAACCCGACCUCUUACCCCUCCUCCGUCCCCUCGUCCCGGCUGGUCCCCCCCCCGGGUCAGUCCAGCUCUCCUCACCAGCCCAAAGCACGUCCUGUGUGUUAUUAUGUGGGGUUUUAUUUUGAAUCUUGGGUGUUAUUGCAAUAAGAUGUCCAGGUCUACGUGCUCGACACUAAAGGACUUACUGAGCUACCAGCAGCGCCACCUUACCACACACUGAUAACGUAAAGCAACUGGACAGGACAGAGACUCGGAGGCUGUGGGUGUUUGAAUAGUUAAUCGUCUCGCAGCCCUCCUAUGGCCCACGUGCUGGGGUUACACGGCCUUACAUGUUCAUGCAGGACACUUUGGACCAGGUGAAAGACGCUCAUUCCAAACCCAGAAGCGCAGGAGGACGGGUCUGGGUUGGUGACGGUCUCUGUUUUCAUGCAUUCUGCUCAUAUUUAAUGUGUAAUUUAUGUUCUUUUAUUCCUCCAGUGAUCAGCAGGGCGCCGCUAAGUAACUGGGGGAAGGAUGUCUGGGUGUGUGUGAGAGUGUGUGAGAGAGAGAGAGAGUCGUUCCAUUUUAUUUUCCAUUUGUUGCCAUGCCAACAAAUAGUUAUUAAACUAUGUAUAAUUUAUUAUCGGGACUAAAAGAGCCCCGUUCCUAUUUUUAACUGUUAUUUCUCACGACUCAUUGGUUGAAAUUCGUGCUUUUCCAUCGAGUAAGCAGGUCGUCACAGGUUCAGCACAUGAGGCGAUGGAACGAGGCAUGUGGCAACAGCGUGAAAUAUUAAUGGUAAACGUGUUUUACAUAAUGCAAAACUACAAAGACCACUUCUGAAAACCGCACAUUGAAACAAGCGUAGUCGCUUGAACUGAAUCUUCCAACCACUCCAUGCGCCGGUGGUCGGAAGACUCGGUGAAUAUCUGAAUUCUGAAGUGUGCUUAUCUGAACCUCUGCUUUUAAAAAGCACGAGAUGCACAGCAGUUCAUAUUUAUUUGACUUGUGUUCAGAUAGGUCUGCUGAUGCCUGAAGACACGUACACUGUAAAAACUCGUUACACUGUAAAGGAUCAAGCUUUUUAUUUAUUUGAACAAAGCCCAUGAAAAGACCAACAAAGAGGAAUCUGUAUUGUGCUGAAGACGUCUUUAAAGGUCUCACUCGUUUUUAACGAAUCAGAUUCGCUCUCCUGCAGUAAGCGAUGUGAAGCCCUGGACCAAAUGUGCACAUCCACAAGUCCGACGUUUUCUGUCUUUGCACCAAGUGUCUCAGUGGAAGUGGAGCUGAAGGGGUUUGGGUGCAGCGCCCGGCGGACUGCGCUCGGUCGCUUGUGGCUCUUCGUCUUUUCAGGGGAUUUGUUGGCAGCAAGAAAAGCAAAGAACAUGGUGGCUUUGCUGCUGCUGCUCAUUCUCAACUGGGUUUUAAUUCAUUCGAGUUCAGUUGUUAAAAACUAAAUCAUCUCAGCGUUGAAUGAAAGUGCUGAAUUGUGAAUCUGCUGUAAAAUAAGAAAACACUGUUUUUGUAGAUUUCUUUUCCUUCGUUAAGGAUUUAUGUCGACAGCUCGUUCAAUAUGAAUAAAACAUGAUGAGUAAACACAAACAAUGUGUAAGUCAGAAUAUUCUGACUACUUCUCACAAUCAGCUUCAUGUUGCUGCUUUUCACACAAACGGUCGUUUUUAUUUCACUUCCAUUUCAUUGUUUUACAUCAAAAUAUCUUUUUAAAUAAAGCUUUUGUUUCAUGAAGCCAUGUGAUUGUUUGAAGGGGAUUUCAAAUGUAUUGGUUUGUCGGGUUUAUAUAUUCUAUUUCCAUAAGCUCUGCCACGAAACCUGCAACUGAUCCAUAACCUUUCACCGUAUUUAAUAUUACAGCUGAGAUGUACUGUCGGUACGUGAGUUACAGUCAUAAACUGAUGCUUGCACACAUUCCUGUAGUAGAUCAGAGCAGGUGGAUCCAUGACCCAGCUGAAGAAUCGUUAUUUCCCCUCAUCUGCUCAUUUCUGAUCCGUUUCUCCUCCGGCUGCCAAAGAGCUGAUUGUACGAGUCGGUCCUCCCGUCGCGGCGAAGGGUCGGCCGUUCCUCUCGGGAAACGCCAGAGGGCCAGUAACACGAAGAACACCUCCUCUGCUCCGUCUUCUCUUCCAGUGAUGUUGCAAAGCUCUUCUGUAAUUCUGCUUCAGUGGAACAUGAACCUGGGCUUCUUUCUCCCGGUGUCAGGGUCAUUGAGUGGCUGCAUCUUCAUCAUUUAUUUCCAUCCUCUGUUUAUGAACUUAUCUGUGAACUAAGAAUAAUGACUUUUUAUUGUUUUCUGUGAUUCUGGGACUGGGCUCGGAUAAAAUGUCCGGAGACAAUCAGAGCGAGGGCCCACAGCAGCUUUACAGUGACGGUGGUGGAGGUGACGAAUAAAGACUGAAUGUUUUCAACUGA